UUGGUUAAAAAAAAAAUCUUAUAAUUUUGAUGUGCCCCUCUGGUUAAACACUGGCCCCUCCUUGGCCCCCCUAGUAAAAAUUGUCUAGAACCGCCACUGGCCCCCAUCACUCCUCCUCCGGGGAGAUCGCCGUCAUCAGCUUAGGUGGGAGUUUGCUUUCUUUCUGUCCCCCUUUUUAGUCUCUCUGUCUCUGGUUUUUGUCUUCAUUCAGGCUAUUUGCCUGUUUUGGAGUCAAGUGUGUAAACCGCCUCUCUCACUCACAGACCUACUCUCUCUCUCUCUCUCCCUCUCUCGAGUGCAUGCUGGGAGCGAGUGACAGACGCCCCUGCGGAUGGCCCUGCCAUGUUGGACCCCCUCGCGCUUCCGGCUGGUGGACCGGCCGUGGGUGGGUCUGUUGUGGUUGAGCCUGUCGCGAUUGACCUUGCCGUGAAGGAGACUGUUGUGGCAGGUUGUGAUGUGGACCCGGCCGUCGCUGACCCUGCAGACCCGGCCGUCGCUGACCCUGCAGACCCGGCCGUCGCAGACCCAGCCGACGCUCACCCAGCCGGUGCGUACCCCACAGCCAGCGCUGCGGACCCGGACCCCGCAGCCAGCGCUGCCGACCCGGACCCCGCAGCCAGCGCUGCCGACCCGGACCCCGCAGCCACUGCUGCCGACCCGGACCCCGCAGCCACCGCUGCCGACCCACACCCCGCAGCUGACCCGGACCCUGCUGCCACAGCUGCCGACCAAGAUCCCCCAGGAUCCGUUUCCGAUGCAGGCCCAGCAGCACCCUCUGCCGACACCGGUCCAGCAGCACCUCCUGAUGGCGUCGCUGCUGAUGGCUCUGCUGCCCCUGUCCCGAGCGCCCCUGUCCCGAGCGUCCCAGGCGCCCCUGUCCUGAGCGUCUCAGGCGCCCCUGUCCCGAGCGUCUCAGGCGCCCCUGUCCCAAGCAUCCAAGGUGUCCCUGCGCCGGUCCCAGGCGUCCCUGCGCCGGCCCCAGGCGCUCCUGCUCUGCCCGUUUGGCCACCCACCCGGCCGGCCGCCAAAGACUCUGCCCCUGUUAGGCCACCCACCCGGCCGGCCGCCAAAGACUCUGCCCCUAUUUGGCCACCCACACGGCCAGCCACCAGAUACUCUGCCCCUACUUGGCCACUGGUCCUGCCGGCCACCAGACAUUCUGCCCUUGCUUGGCCGUCCACCCGGUCGGCCACCAGACCCUUGGGUUCUAUCCAGCCUUCUGUCUGGCCCGGCCUACCCUACCUAGCCUUGCUCUGGACCCCCUCCACCCACCCUAAGUGGAUUUGAUCUGUUUUUUUUUUUUUCUGGAAUCCGGCCCUUAGAGGGGGG